AUGGACAGGGAUGAAGAAACAUUUUCGUCGGAUGAGUCUGGAUUUACGGAGCAGGACAUCAGAGACCACGUGGACAUUCUGUUCCGAACCAGUGACGUGGAGGAAACUGGAUUAGUCCCUGUGUCAAGCAUCAUUGAGUAUCUGAGAAUCCAUACCAGUUUUGGUGAAAAUGAAGAGGAUUUAUCAUUCCUUGUAAGGCUGGCAGACCCAGGGGGAAAUAACCCUUGUCUGACUCUGGAGCAGUACCGACAGAUCAUGUGGCAGUGGAUUAAACAGCUACAGGUCGGAUCAAGAGAUUCAAGUGAUGGAGGCUCUGAGUAUGAAGAUUUCCUAUCAGACUCAUCUAAUAGAGUGUCCUCGCAGUCUAGCUCAGUCAAAGAUCCUGCAGGAAGUUCAGACCUAGGAUCAUAUCCCAGACAGGAUGAAAAAUAUGGAGUGCAUCAGAUGGGGGCCCCUCCUGAGGAGGUACAACAGUACCUGGACAAGAUCCAUGAACUUCAGUUCCAGAACAGUAAGUUAACAGAGGAGAACGACACACUACAACAGCAGAUCUACAGUCAGGAGGAGAACCUAAGCCAGAGUAAUGCCACCAAUGAUAGCCUAGUCAGGAAAGUCAAACAUUUGCAAGAAGCCAUUCAGCUGAAACAACAGCAGGACAAUGAAAAUGAGGAACUAAUUCUGAGACUUCAGGACCAGAAACAAGAACUCCAUCAUAAGAUAGAUAGUCUUACAGGUGAUUUAGAUCGUUUAAAGACAAGCAACAAAGAACUGAAGGGAAAUAUUGUAGAAUAUGAGCAUAAGAUAGAGCAGAUGACAGAGGUAAAAAGAGCACAAGAAAUCCAACUGUCAGAGAGGUUUGAGGAGCUGAAGAAUCAACAGAACCAGCUGCUUUAUUUGUCAAACACUGUUCAGGAACUGAAAGUGGAGAACACAGACCUUCAAUCUAAGCUCAACCAGUCUAAUGAAGCCUUUAUAAGCCUUAAACAGUCCACUGAAUACAGAGAGAAGGAGGACCAUUUUACAAGGUUUCCCUGUAGUACCCCAAUCAAGAAGAACAGCUCCAUCUGUAUGGAAUUGAAAGGAAUGUUGGAGAGUGGGGAUCACAUGCCCUCUCCCUUGUGUGAGAAAGAAAUAGAUGAAAUGGACCAGAUCUUUCCUUUGUUUUCCUUGGAUGGUGAAGACAUGGAGGGGAGUGAUCCAAACAUCAGUAUUUACUCUGUUUCACUGAAAGACGACCUCACCAUGGAUGUAUCCAAAUUUAUGGAGAAAUACCAGAAUAAACAAGACACCCUGCUGGAGGAGAUCCGAGAAUUUCUGGGGGCAGGGGGAGCCUCGGGGGAUGGAUCCUUUACUUCAGAAUUUGUCAGGAAGGUGGAGGACCAAAUGUCUAAAUUGUCACAAAGGGUGACCACUCUCGCUCAAGCCAAGACAGAUGUGGAUAAAAGGUUAUGUAGCCAGAAGAAAAAAGUGAAGAAGCUUAAAGAAGAGAAUGCUGUUCUGAAGGAUGCGGCUGAUGAUGUGAUGGAGAAUAGAAUCUCAUGGGACUCGGUGACAGACAAACGACUCCUGAUUCUAAAGGACCAGAUAGAUCAGGAGAGAGCCCACAUCAAGUUUAUGGAGAGAAAGUUGAGAGGAAAGGAAAGAACUGCUGUCAUUGUGGAUAAAAACAAAAAAUCGGGAGCCGAGAAAGUUUUAAAGCUGGAAAUCUAUAAACUACAAAGUUUGAAUAAAGACCUAACAGAGAAAAAUAAAAAGCUACAAGGUAAAGUCAAUGGAUUGAUAGAUGAGGUAGAGAAAGCACACAGAGAUAUUGAGAACCAGCAAACUAAAGUGAAAGACCUAGAGGCAGAGAAGGCAGUACUAGAGGUGGAACGUCAGCGAGCUGAGAACCAGCUAACAGAGAAAAUCCAGGAAUGUAAAAUGAGAAGCGAUCAGUCACUUUCAUUCCUUCACUCCAGAAACAGAGAGAAUAGUGAGCUAAGGAAAACCACAGACAUGAGUGGUGUUUUGCCCUUUGAUCUUGUAGCCACACAGACCCAAGCUGUCAGGGAGGAACCCCCAUCAAAAUUGCCUUCUCUAAAGAACAACAUAUGCACAGAUGAAAAAAAUGUAAAGAGUGUGCAGCAGUCUAUGGAACAUUUACAGCUGGAUGUGGGGAGGGUUAAUGAGGGGGAGGAAUACAUAGACGAUGGUGGCUGUCAAGUGGAGGGGCAUUUGUAUGACCUGUACAAUGGUGGGGGGCAGAGAAGACACAGUUAUCAGGCAGCAAUUGACAAUCACAAUUGUCCACCUGGAGAACAGCACUACCCAAGGUGCCGCAGCGGUAGCUUCCAGGCGGCCAUUGAGGGGGGUCAGAAAGAGGAAAGGGAGGUGGAGGUCCCUGAAAGCUUAGUUCAGAUUUUACCUACUAGCAUGGCAAAAGAAAGUGGGGAUGGUUUUCAUUCCUAUAUUUCUUCAUAUAAUUACUUGGAGGAUUGUUCCACAUCCAUGAAAAUGUCAAAGUCUCACGGUACCUCAGCAUAUUCCCAGAGUCCCUCCCCGUUGUGUUACUCAGUCUGUGAUAGUGUACAAAGUACUGGUGCUGUGGGUUGUGGUGGUGAUUUUACUGUGAAUUCUAGUUACUUGACUUGUACAGACACCUCUCAUAACCACUGUGAUGUCAUGAUAAAACAGUUGUGUGGAAGCGGUGGUGAUGUCACUGACAGACAGACAGGUAACAAAGGCAAAGAGUUGUGUGAUAUGGACCCUGAUUUCACUGAUGGACAGAUAGGUGAUAAAAGCAGACAGUUUGGGACACAGUGGAGGGACAAUGCAGAAGACAGUGCUGGUACACUUGAGGACACAAGUCUAAAACAUAGAUUGGAUGACUUAAAUGACACACCUGAAGAACCAGAUGUGAUUCAGGUAACAAAAUCUGGAAAAAAUAACACAGUUGACAUCAAGGCCUUAGUAGCGCCCUCUACCAUAAGCAUCAAUCCAUCAAUAUCAACAGCCACCACCUUAAACUCAUCAGAUGACGAAACAUGCAUAGAACACAUCAAAACAGCAUCUCCACCCACCACAGUAGCUGACGUCAACCGCCAAAAGGAAAGUACAGCUGUCAUGUCAAAGGUCAAAGAUGGGGAAAAGGAGGCCUUGGAGUCAAAGGUCAAAAAGAAGGAAGAGUUGAAUGAGGUCAAAGUUGAGAAGUCUAAAGGUCAAGACAAAGAAAAAGAGCGGGCAGACACAGAGGAGGGGGAUAAGGAUGAUGAUAGCAUUACUGUAACCAGUAACUUAAUAAGGCAGCUAGAGAAACUGAAUCUCAGUGACAGUUCAGGAUCUAGUGACAUAUCUGCAGGUGGAUUCAAGUCUUCACCAUACCUCAAGAAAAUCAGACAGGGAAACCUUGCCAAGCGUCGGGAGCAGAUGAAGUUCCUAAGGAUGCCCGAUCUGAAUGAGAUGCAGGAAUCAGGACAAAUGAUGACGAACGGAGAUGGGGAGUCUGACAGUCUAGUGAUGCCCAGCAUUCCAGAGACCCUGCUACAGGACUUAGGGGUAGAUCAGGACAAAACGGAACAAGAAGAGAGUCCUGAUCAGCUGUCGGAACAAGAAAUUGAAAACAAGUUCACAAGUCUUUCGCUGGCAUUUAAGACAGACAAGAUAACAUUGGAGAAGAGACUAGAAAUUCAGGAGAGAUCACGAGACAUAGCAGAGGAGAAUGUAGCCAAGGAAAUCAAAGGACUGAGAGAGGCACUUGAGCAAUUAAAUCAGAUCUGUGUGGACUCUCAAGUCAGGGACCUCCUUCUGAAGAUACAGAAACAUGUUACUGUGCUGGAACAGGCCAGUGCCAGAGUGUCCUCAAGAGCAGAGGUGUUUGGGGCAGUUCAACAGGAGAAGAGAAUGAGUAAGGCAAUAGAGAUCAUGUUGACUCACGUCGAUAACUUGAGAUUGUCACACGAGAGACAGACGGCCGAACUGGAGGAGGCCAGAAAAUUAAUUCAGGACAACAGACCCUUUGGUGGUAGCUCAGAUAUAGGAGAUUUUACAGGACUUUCGAGAAGAUCCGCCUCUGUGUGCCAGAGCAAUGCCUUUCUACCAAAAGGGGCUCGUCGCCGAGUUAGUGAUGCUACCUUGAAUCGAAGUGGGCUUCCCCACUCUGUCUCCAUGGACUGCAUUUCUGAGUCCAUGCAUGUAACACCACCCUUACGGAGGGAGUUGUCCAUUACAGAUGAGGAUGCCCGAUCCAAGUUUCAGCAGCUAGCAUCAGUAGCAGCCCUGAAGAACUCCACCACCUCAGCCUUUAGGAGGGCCUCCAUGAGUAAACAGACCAGCACCACGUCACUGUUAGGACAGAACCUCAGACUGUCCCAGGACAGUACCCAGUCUGAGAGCAAGUCCUCAGGAUCCGGCUCCAAGCAACAUUCAGUGGAGGAGGAAGCAUUUCAGAAAGGGUUUGAGCAAGGCUACAAGGCUCAGAUUACAGGACAGUUGAAACAGUUACGAGAUCAGCAGAACUCCAUCACGGACUCACUGGAGGAACUCCGGGACAAGUGUGAAGAGACGGAGGAAGAGGAUACAGAGGAAGUAAGCUUGCGAGACACCAUCAUGACCAAGUUCUGGGAACAUGUACCUGAGUGGGAGACAGCCAGUAAGAAGCUCCGACUGGCCACCGUCAUCUUCUUCCUGUUUCUCGCCGCAGUCAGUGUCAUCAUGUCCUUCUUCCCCGUGGGGUACGCAGCGGUCCAGGUGUACCCAGAGUACCACCAUGUCAACCCCCCACCUGUCUGACCUAGUGCUAUUUAUAGUAACAGCAAUAGCAGCAAGCCAUCUUUUAGUGCAUUUUUAUUACAAGCAAUAUAAUGAUGUUUAAUUUCCCAUUUAAGUAAGGUUUGAGUAUACAACCAUUACAUUGAAUUUUAUUUUUCUUUUUUUUUAAUAUAGUUAUAAGCUAAUUUUACAGAUAUCUAUUUGUAAACCGGAUAUCAAAUUUAACUAAUCAAAAUUAUAUUGAUGGCAAUUGUUUUAAAAUAUACAUGUGGUCCCAUGAUUUGUCACAUUUCUUGCCUUAAGAUGCAUAAGUUGCUUCUUGUUCCAAUUACUAAAUGAACAGAUGUUUUAAAUUGAGAUCUUUUAAUGAAAUUCUCGUGAAUUUUUGUUUUAUUUUUUUAAUUAAUUUUUCAAUUAUUUGAUGUGUACAAAAUGUUGUGUACACUAUAUGAGAAAUUAAGAGUCCCAGACAGGUGGCCCCAUUCCAUCUGUUCAUUUUUUGUCUUCUUAAAUAUAUAGAAAUCCACCAAUGAUAUGUACACUGUAGUCAAAUUUAUUGAUAUUUUUAUGUUGAUUGAACACAUACAUGUAUGUAUUGAAGGUGUAGAAUAUUUUAUUUGAUAAUGAAAUGUGCCAAAGAGUAUGCUUCUUAAUAUCAAUUAUCUAUGUGUACAUGAACUUUUGUAUUUUUAGAAAAAGUAAGUGUUUUACAUCUGAAUUAGACAAGACAGAGAGCUGACUUGAUCAAGGGAGAUAAUACAUACAAUUGCUACAUUAAGCUACCCACCUACUGGUUAUUUAUAGGGCAGAUAAAAAAAAAAAAUACCAUCUCGAUUCUUAGGGUUUCCAAAAAAAAUUAUGCAGGUACAUAUUUCAGACAUUUUUGUUCUUUUCUUAGACUACAAAGAAAUACAUUUCUCCAAUAGUUUUUAAGGACUGUGUGUGAAUAAAAACAGAUAUAUGUCACGAACUGUUCACAUAUACAUUUGCAUUGUACGUGUAUUUGUAGCUAGGGGUGCCUAUAGGAAUGGUUGAAGUAGCUGUAUUCUAUUCUUUAAAGAUAUGAAUACAUGCAUACUACUGAUUAAUAAUGGAAUUAGAAUACCUGGUUAUUGAACCUUCUGCAUUUAUUAUAUUCCAUAAAAUUCUUCAUUAACUUCCUCAAACAGCUUGUUCCUAUGUUGUUGAAAAUUGAAAAAAUGUACAUGUAAUUUGAUCAAUAACCAGGCAUAUAUAGGAAUGAUAAUUACAUAUGUACAAGUGUGUCAUUUUAAGGUGUGCAUUAUUUUUUAGAAAAGUGGCAUUACAUUCAAAGAACUUUAAGAAAGCGUAAAUUUGCACAUUAUAAAAUUUGUGUAUGGUAAUUUAACAUUGCUGGCAUUGUUUUAAGUGUUACAAGGUUUUAAGUAAUUGAUGAUUGCGUAAAUGGAUCAGUGCAGUAUCUGUUGUUUAUUGAAUUUCAGUUUUGGCUGUGAUCAUAAUUUAUCCAUUUAACAACUUGUUGAAUAAAAUAAAAUUAAAAUCAA